AUGUGGUGGUCCGGGGCGGUGGGGGGGCUGCUCUUGCAGGCUUCUGGCCCCGGAGUGGCUGAGAUGCGGGUCAGGAUGAUUUCAGCUGCCUCCGUCCUCGUCUUGCUCUUCCUGCCCUCGGAGACCUGCUCGCCCCUGCAGUGGCCCCGGGGUCCGUCCCGCAGGCUGACCCUGGCCCCCCAACUCACCUGGGAGCCCUGGAUGGGAGCCCCGAGACCUCCGGUCCCCGGCACCGACCCCCUGCCCCAAAGACUGUGCCAGUUCCAUGGGGCAGAGCCCGGCCCGGCCCCCCGAACCCGGCGGGCGCUGCAAACCGGCAAAAGGCGAGACGGAAAACCCAACUCGUUGGAUCUCACCUUCCACCUCCUGCGCGAGUUCCUGGAAAUGUCCCGGGAGGAGAGACUGGCCCAGAAGGCGCUCAGCAAUAAGCUCUUGCUGCAGAGCAUAGGGAAAUGAGAGAGGGUCCUUGGAGGUGGGGGAAUGAAGGAGACCGACCCCGUAACAAGACACCACGGCAGAGCGGAGAACGGGGGGGAUGCUGUGGGCUGCAGCCGUGCCCGGGGGUCCCCACCUUGCCUGGCAGUGUUCCUGUCACUGCGUCCCGCGUGUCACUGUUGUGCAUUAAAGUCACAGUCGUACCUGCCCUGCUG